AUGGCGGAGCCGUCAAAAGAAGCAACUGAGUUGAUGGAGCUAAUAUCACGGCCAAACGGCGAAUGGAGAGCGUUGAUACAGAGCGCAAGGUCUGCCCUCGCGGCUCCCAUAGACGUUUCUCAGUAUUCUAAGCCUGCACCUACCGACAUCGCCAAAACAAUAGACCAUACCCUGCUGGCUACCUCAGCUACCCAGGACCAAAUAGAUGCACUGUGCGCCGAGGCCAAAGAAUAUGGUUUCGCUACCGUCUGCGUUAGACUGGAAUGGGUGUCGCGGGCAGUGGAAAACCUACAAGGAACAAACAUCGGAGUCGCAUGCGUCAUUGGAUUCCAUGAAGGCACCCACCCUAUUCCAGAGAUGAUAGCUGAGACCAGGACCGCUCUAGAAAAGGGCGCUACCGAGCUUGACAUGGUGAUAAACUAUCCAUUCCUCAAGGACGGUCGAUUCAGUGACGCGUUCCAGUCCGUUAUGAUGGUUAGGACCGCCAGCAAGGAGAAACAGCCGGAAGUUAAACUCAAAGUCAUCCUGGAGACAUCGCAUCUUAACAGGGAUGAGAUAAUUGCGGGGUGCGUUCUGUCGUGCGCGGCUGGCGCAAACUUCGUCAAGACUAGUACCGGUUUCAAUGGGGCUGGAGCGACCGCGGAGAACGUUGCUUUGAUGCGUGCUGCAGUUGAACAUUGCUCGAACGGCGCUGUGGAGGUCAAGGCUAGCGGCGGAGUCAGGACUGCAGCUGACUGCGUUAAAAUGAUCCAAGCCGGCGCAACAAGGAUAGGAGCGAGCGCUGGGGUAAAGAUCGUUAAGGAGGCUCUGGGUGGUGGAAAUGUGGGCGCCGAUUCUACGAAAGCUGAUGGCUACUAA